CCCUGACAUGCACAUGAGUUCCCCUCGUUCACCUUGGCGGUGUCGUGUCAUAUCCGAUGUAUUCUCUAGAUGUGAAGCGUCUGCAGGACAAGAAGCAGCGCGACGCGGCAUGGAUCAAUAAGAAGUUGUCCGACGACUCACCGCGGGCCAAAGAGAGUCGCAUUCAGCGGGUGUAUGCCAAGUCCACGUAACGAAUCAACGGGAGCACAACAAAAACUGCACUACUUAAAACUGGCAUUAGUGAUGGCAUGUACAACGAGUACAACCAACGCGUGGGCAGUUGGGCGACCGCUACCGUGGACGAAUCCCCAGACUGGAAAUCCAACUACGGUCACUUGACCUCCGCGGUGGCAAACCCCAUGGUGUGGCCCCGAGAGCCCCAGAAAGAGUUGGGAUCUUCGUUCAUGGACGGAGGAAAGUACACCCCCCACGGCAUAUACCGAGGUGGGGGCGACUGCCUCGUGUCGCCCAUCCCCCCCGACCCGAUUAAACCCGUGUUUGACCAUGGCUCGUACGACGACCCGGUUGACUCGCCGUUUCGACGACGCGCCAAGACCAAAGAGAUUCAAGGGCCCCUUCGCUACAACACGGUCAUCCGGGAAUACCCAGACAUCCCGCACGACUUUGAUAGUACAUGGAUUGAACCCAAACCCCUUCCACAGUGGAGGUUUCCGGAUCCGUCCAAGUGGUCCGGGGGGGAGUUUGGGGCGACAUUCAAUUCGAGAGACGUGGCGACGUCGCUUCUUGAUGGCAUUGGGAUGCAGAAACACGCGCCGUCGAUUGCCGCCACAGAGCGCUUUGUCGUGCCCCGCAGAACGAACCCCCCGUUUCCAUCCCUGAAAAAGGGUAGCGGCGGGCAUAGUCCUGUUUGUCGCGCCAAGUCGGCCCCUCACGAGAAGCUGUACAUGAAUUCGCUGCUGUCGGUCAACACUGCCGCGAGCCACAUUGUCCUUCGAGAGUUGUCCCCGCACAAGCACACCAUGCAGCGGCAUCAGAAAUAAAAAAAUACAACCACUAUUGAACGUGC